GAUGUAAACUGUCUUUAACCAGUCAGAGCAGUCUAUGCAGAACAGUAAAGACGAAGCAGAAGGAGUUGCUGCCUUGGUUGCUGUCAGUUGUACAGACGAGAAUGUAGGGACUCAGUAGCUUUAAUUGUUCUUGCAAUAUGAAGAAUGGAAGAAGACGAUGUGACUAUUAGAGAGCAGAAUUUCCACAGCCAAGUUCGGGAGUACAUCAUUUGCUUCCUCCUGUUUGCCGUCCUCUACAUCGUGUCCUACUGCAUCAUAACCAGAUACAAGAGGAAGAGUGAUGACCACGAGGAUGAAGAUGCUGUUGUCAACAGAAUAUCAUUGUACUUGUGCACCUUCACUCUGGCAGUGUCGGGUGGUGCCGUCUUCCUAUUGCCUUUCUCAAUCAUUAGUAAUGAGAUCCUGCUCUCCUUCCCCCAAAACUACUACAUUCAGUGGCUCAAUGGCUCCCUCAUUCACGGUCUGUGGAACCUGGUGUCACUGUUCUCCAAUCUUUGCCUCUUCGUCCUGAUGCCAUUUGCCUAUUUCUUUUUGGAGUCUGAGGGAUUUGCAGGAUCGAAAAAGGGCAUUAAGGCACGCAUUUUGGAGACCUUUGUGAUGCUCUUUCUCUUGGCAUUGCUCAUUCUUGGAAUUGUAUGGGUGGCAUCAGCCCUCAUUGAUAAUGAUGCAGCCAGUAUGGAGUCACUCUAUGAUCUUUGGGAGUUCUAUCUGCCAUACCUCUAUUCCUGUAUUUCUCUGAUGGGAGGACUCCUUUUACUAAUGUGCACUCCUGUGGGGUUGUCCAGGAUGUUUACCGUCAUGGGCCAGUUACUAGUGAAGCCGACAAUCCUUGAGGACCUGGAUGAGCAGAUUUACUGCAUCCAUUUGCAGGAGGAAACCCUUCAGAGGAGAUUAAACGGGUCUUCCACACACGCUUAUACCAGAGGGAGCUUUGCUCACCAGCUCAACAAAGAACUGGACAAUAUUAGAAAUCAGAGGAAUAAACUGGAGAGAAGAAAGAAGGCAUCGGGAUGGGAGAAGAACUUGUUGUAUCCCAUAGUGAUGCUGAUCCUGCUCACAGGAACGACAAUCUCUGUUCUUCUGGUGGCACUGAACAUCCUCUAUCUUCUAGUAGACGAGACUGCCAUGCCCAAGGGAUCCACAAAUCGAGCCAUUGGGAACACCUCUUUGUCCACAUUUGGUGUGGCUCAGGCAGUGCUGGAGAUCGUCCUCAUAUUCUACUUGAUGGUGUCUUCUGUCGUUGGCUUCUACAGUCUGCGUGUCUUUGAGGGACUCACUCCCAGGAAGGAUGACACAACCAUGACAACGAUCAUUGGUUGCUGUGUCUCCAUCCUGGUGCUGAGCUCAGCCUUGCCAGUGAUGUCCAGAACGCUAGGCAUCACCAGGUUUGAUCUUCUGGGAGACUUUGGCAGAUUUAAUUGGCUGGGAAACUUUUACAUCGUCCUUUCGUACAACCUGCUGUUUGCAGUUGUGACAACACUUUGUCUCGUGAGGAAAUUCACCUCAGCGGUCCGGGAAGAGCUCCUGAAAGCUUUAGGUCUGGAUAAAUUGCAACUGUCAAACAGCCCCACAGACCCUGAAUCUGGGAAGCUCUCGGCCAAUGGGCAUCAGAAAACUCUGUGAAAGGGACGAUAGAUCAACACACACAUACACACACGCGUGCACACAGACACACACACACACACAGACACCUACACACGUAAAUGCAGCCAAAGGGAGAUUUCGACAGUACUGCCUGACUGCUGAAAGGUGAAAAGGAUUGGAAGGAACUUAAUAAACCCAGGCAGUGUCUGACGGAUGCUGCAAAUGGAGGCUGAGAGCAAUUUAGCUUCGUGACAUUCCAUCCUCUGCGUCUCGGAUGGAAGCUGGGACAGGGCCAGGGCUGAGACUGAGGAUUGAAAUAGACUGGCAUCACUGCAGUGACCUUGAAGUUGACCUCAACCACGACUGUGACUUCAAACCACCCAUCUUUUGCUUCAGGGGCAUUCUCUCCCUCCCUCUGCCCAUUCUCUUACAACCUUUACACCACCGCACUACACAGAAGCAACCAGAGUCUUACAUUUACCUCUGUGUUCACUAACAUAAAUUUCACCUACACAAUUCAAUUAGACAGUUUUUUUUGUUUGUUUGUUUUGUUAGUGUGUCUGUGACAGUGAGGCAGGGUGCAGUCACAGUUAAGGGUCUUUAAUCGUAGAGGGUUUUUUUUUUUGUUGUUUUUCUAAUGUUAACUGAUACAGGCGUAAUGAGGUGUCAGUUUGUCAAAAAAUGUGAAAAAUAACCAAGAGCUUUGUGAAGCGUGAGGACGGAGUCAUUUAUUCCCACUCAUCACGGCUGGUAUGUAAAACUGCACAGCAUCAAUACGGCUCACAUAUUGUGAAUUAGGCACUGUCAUUCUUAAUAAAAGGGCCUCAAAUUUUUAGCACUCGGGACUGUCAUCAGUCAUUUUAUCAUUCUAAGUGCGCUUUAACUUUAUUGAUGAUGUCAUUAGUUUGUAUGAAGUAGGAUAAGAACUUUUUUUUGGGGUGCUCCAGAUUUGACUUGAGCGACUCCACAAAUGGGAAACUAUGUGGGAGUUUUAUUUCACUUCGCUUCCAAUGAGCAGGUUUGAAAGUAAGGACGAGGUUGUAUUCCUUUAUGCACAUCGGAGGAAAAUGUCACCACAAUAUUGCUUAUUCCACACCCCCAAAUCCUCAAAAAUAAAUAAAGAAGGAAAGAAACUUUUUUUUUUUUUUUUUUACAGGGCACAGAAAUGGUUACGUUUCUUUGUAAAUGUUGUAUACACAUGUACAUAUUUCAUUGUUUCAUACCUCUUUUGGAUGUAAACAUUGGGCUCGCACCCAGGGUCUGAAUCACUAAGCAUUCUGUAUUUUCUUGUACAUAUACCUAUAUAUAUAUUUUUUUUAUAAACAGCUUCAUCUAAUGCAAAUCUGUAGGUCUUCACACAGAAUGCAUGAGUAAGAAAACAUCCAGCUUUGUUGCUGUGAGAAAGACUAGAUGACUCAGGCCCCUUUUACAUGUUGUUGUAUUGCUGCAUAAUUUUCUGAACUGUGAUGUUCUUUGUCUCCAGAACCACCUUAAAUGCCUUAUACGAAAAAGCAUCUCGCAGGCUUAAUGUUAAGGUUCUGUGGAGUUUUUGUCUGUGCACACGUGCGUGUGUGCGUGGGCAUUGUGAGCGUGUAGACAGUUCCACUGUGAUCUCCUGUAUGCCAGAGUUUCUACUCUGAAGCCAUUUCUUUUUGCCAUGAAUGUUUAUGUCACAUCAGCUCCAUUGAGAUUAGAUUAGAGUGAUCUGAUGAUGAUGAUGUGUGUGUGUGUGUGUGUGCUUUAUAUUUUCAUGGUCGUUUAAGUGAUGAAAAGAAGGGGAAAAAAGCUGAAUUUGUAUAUGCAAUCGAAAUGGGAUGGAAAAAUUUUUGCACCAAAAACUGACUGCAAUUUGAUGUUGGAAUUAAGACUGGAAUUAAGGACAAAAUCUCACUGACACCAACUUCUCCAAUCAGACCUGAGAAUGUUUUAUAAAUGCUGACUUGUAUGUCGGCUUUUCAUCCCAAAUCCAAAGUACGGCCAUGUGUCUGAUAUGUGAUCAAGGCCAUAUCAAGAGAGCAAGUUGUGUGGUGGCAGAAACUUGAGGUAGAUGUUCUGGUAUGUUUCUUGUCAUUUUAUUUGUUUCCAGUAAAAGCACGCUGAUGUCUGCAUACUGUGAAAAAUACCAUUGUGGCACAAAUUAAUGUGGUAGGUCAAUAAAGGGUGACACUGAUGGAUUAGAGAUUAAAAUUAAUAAUAAUUCUUCAUCUGGGUGAAAGGGUUAAACUCGUGCAUCCAUCCACUCAGCUACACACUGCUGGAAAGUGUCACACCUCUAAUAAAACAUCACAAUCAACCUGCAUACUGCAUUUACAAUACAUCUGUUUAAUGGAGUUUUUUAAGGAGUGGGGGGUCAAAAAACUUGAAAGUUGCUCUGAAAUGUCAGUGAGCAGGCUUUCAUUUCUGUCCAUCUGUCACUUGAUCCCUGCAUGUAAUUUUGGUACAUGUUUUUUGUGAAUGUAUUUUUUUUUUUUAAACAAUUCUUCAGUUUGCUAAAUGUAAUGUUUUGUUCUUUUUGAUGUUUGUGUGUUUGCAAAUAAAAGAAAAUGCUUCAACUUCUUUUCAUUUGUCACUGUGGCAAUCAGGUCAUCAGCGGUUGUUGGCUAAUUGUGACUUAAAUGUUUACCUAUUACUUGUCCAGUAAUCAGUUUCUUUCCUUCCCAUAA